CUCCUCAUCAGUUCGCUGUUGUCUUCUCUCUUUGCACUUGAGCAGCAGGCCAGCACUCAUCCUCCGACUCAGAAUGUCUUUGCCCAACUCAGAGAACGCCUCCACCCUGGAGAACGCCAUGCAGCUCAUGAUCCAGACCUUCCACAAGUACUCUGGAAACGAGGGUGACAAAUACACACUGAGCAGGGCCGAGCUCAAGGAGAUGCUCACCGCAGAGCUUGGCAACUACCUGGGGAACGCCCAGGAUAAGGAGGCAGUGGACAAGGUGAUGGGAGACCUGGAUUCCAACAACGACGGGGAGGUAGAUUUCACCGAGUUCAUCAUCCUGGUCGGCGCUCUCACUGUGGCCUGUAACGACUUCUUCCUGGAGUACAACGACAAGCCGGAGAAGAAGAAGUGAACCCGUCCUUGGCACGAGUCCACACCGCAAAACUCGCACGCUCCAGGGAGGAAACAGUUUAGAAAAGGCAGGAGAGAAGAAGAAGGAAAUCCUGUCAUGGACAAAUACUCACACACGCACACACACACGUCAAAUAGUCACAGUGAAUGUUGGGUGUUUCUGUAUUUGUCCAGUCAAUCCACUGCAAACUGUGUUUACUACUAUGUGAAAAAUCUGGAGAGAUUUUAAGAUCAUUUUCAGCAGCUGUCAUUGUUAAAACAUGUGAAUGUACCUCUGUUUCUUUUUCCUCAAGUGUUAUUUUGUAACACAUUCAAGUGAAGGAAUUUCUCCCUGGAAAGAAUAAAAGUGACCUUUACUCAAUACAACACAGUGUCGGCUGCACUCUCUAACAGCAGAGAUGGUGAGCAGGAGCGCACUGCGGGCACCAGGGGGCAGCACGUGGCCCCCUCAGCUCAACUCUGGCAGAGGAUUAUUGCAUUACCUAUAAAUUGUUUUGCACGCUGCUGCAGCACUUUUAUUCCGGCAGCGGAUGGAUGUAAAUCACAGAUAGACCCGCCAAUCACCGGCAUGGGGAUUUCUCUGUUUUAUUAAUGAAACACACAGUGUGAGAGGUAGUACUUAAGUCUCCGGCAUGUCGUGGUGCGUUCAAGUUCAUCAUGCUGCUCCCUCACAAGGUGAGCAUGAGCAGGUACUGACUCUACACACAUUCCAGUUUUUUGUUUUUUGUUUUUACGACAGAAUGAUGAGAACUUGAAGCGACCUUGCCUGGGCCCUACACCCACGAUUGUUUAAAAGCUUCCUAGAAAAAAAAAAAAAGUGCAGAGCCAAAGUGUGUGUGUGUGCCUGUGUGUGAGAGGAAGUUUCCAACCUCAAUAUUAGAAAGCCAGGAAACGUUUCUUUCUUUUGGCUCCAUCCUGUGGCGUAAGAUUAAUGGGAAGUUCGGGGUAAUACAGUAAUUUACAGAUAAGGUGCGUGUGUGUGUGUGAAAGAGAGA